AUGAAUGUUCAGGGUUUAUUAUCAUCUGAUGACCCACAAAGUGAGGAAGAUUAUGACUAUACUGAUUUAGAUGACCUACAAAAUAACAAUAAUGUUAAUAUUGAAGGUUCAACGUCUGAUACAAAAACACUUUCUAAUAAACCCUCAUUGCCAAAAAAUUUUAAAUCGCCUGUAUGGCCAUAUUUUGAUAUUGAAAUACCAAAGUAUUCUGGCCAACCUGUUUGCAAACAAUGUGGAGAUGUUUUUGAACCUUCAUCAGCAACUACAACCUUACGUCGACACCUGGCUUCACAUAAUAUAAUUCAUAAAAGAGAUGCAUCUGUUAUAAAAUGGGUUGUAUGUGAUUUGCAAGCAUUUAGUGUUGUAGAGAAUAAGGAGUGGCAAGAAAUGAUAUCAAAUUUUGAUCCAAGAUAUCGAUUUCAUAAUAGACAUACCUUGAAAGAUAAUAUUGUAGAAUUAUAUGAGAAAAAAAAAGUAAAUAUCAAAUUAGUAUUAAAUAAUAUUUUAGGAAAAGUAUCAUUUACAUCAGAUAUAUGGACAGCAGCAAAUAAAAUAGCAUUCCUUAGUCUUACUAUUCACUACAUUGAUACUUCUUGGAAAUUAAAAAAUUUCCUUCUUGAUAUAAUUCCCAUGGAUGUACGACAUACUGAAUGCAAUAUUGCAAAUAAUAUUUUAAGAGUUUUUCAUGAGUUUAAUCUUGCAGAAAAAACUUUAGCAUUAACAACCAAUAAUGCUUCAUCAAUGAUAACAUGUGGCAAAGCAAUAACUGAAAAGCUUGAAAAGGAGUUUGAAAAUUUUUCUUUUGCACAUUAUCGAUGCAUCACACAUGUUCUUAACUUGGCUGUAGUUCAAGGCAUUGAACUAAUUGAUAAUUCUAUUGAAAAAAUUAGAUCUUUGAUAAAUUGUAUUAAAAAUUCACAGCCUAUUAAUGAUGCUUUAAAAGCAUUAUCUUUAAACUUACUUGCAGCUGAUAACAAAUUAGUUUGUAAAUACUAUUCUAAUGAUAAUGAUCGAAUAAUUAUUAAUGAUACAUUGGUUCUUUUAGAACCAUUUGAACGUGCUACACAUUUUCUUUCAGCAUCUAAAUAUCCAACUCAUGAUGAUGUUCGGUUUGUUUUUUUUGCACUUCAAGAACAUCUUACUCGAUAUAUAAAUAAUAAUGAACAUUCACAGCAUAUGAUGACAGAUUCAAUUCAGCAAAAAUUAGAUGUUUAUUGGCCGAUUUUAGAUGAAACAUCCCAAAUAUCUUCAUUACUUGAUCCAAGAGUUAAAUCAUCUACUUUUAAAGAUGAAUUAGAGACAAAUAGAGUAAAAAAUAAAAUAUAUAAUAUGACAGAAUAUUUUUCAACAACACUACAAUUAACAACAAAGGUUUUAGCUAAUGAUAAUAUUACAAGUGCAAGAAAUUAUUUUCAUCAACUAAAAAAUCCUAAUAAUAAUAAUUUUUUUGCUUCUUCUGAACCAUUGGCUAAUGAGCCAUUAUAUGGUAUUAAAAAAGAAUUAAAAAAGACUGAGGAUGAACUGAACUGA